AUGGUGUACACACUCAACGAUACACCUGUUCCGCAAGAGCCGGCGAAACCGUCGAAUGUUUGGAAGGAGAAGGUGCCAAUCGUUAUUGAUAUGGGAUCUCACGAAACGCGAAUUGGCAUGGCCGAUCAGUCAAAACCAGCCCAUGUGUUUACCAGCCGCACUGCAAAGUAUCGAGACAGAAAGAACAAUAAGAACAUCACUGCCGCAGGAAAUGACGUUCUUCUUGAUCCGAUUGCCAAGCAAAACUCAAAGUCUCCGUACGACGGUCUGUUUCUCGUAAAUUGGGAUUCUGUCGAGCAGCUCCUCGACUACUCGUUUCACCUUCUAGGCGUCAAAUCGAAAGGUCGAGUCAAGAACCCUAUCAUUAUCAACGAGCAGUUUGCUGUACCUAAAAUGCCUCGGCGCACGCUCUGUGAAUUGCUCUUUGAGGCUUACGGCGUGCCCGCCGUGGGGUUCGGCGUCGAUGCUCUAUUCGCCUACCAUAAAAACAGUAAACCGUCACAAGCCGGGGUGAUCGUUCACGGUGGUGCCGAGGCCACGUUUAUUGUACCAAUUCUACCAGGCGGAGAGCCGGAUUUAACAAAUGCUAAGCGGAUUAACUGGGGUGGUCGUCACGCAGCCGAGUUUAUGCAAAGCUUGUUGGCAUUGAAAUACCCUCUUUUCCCCACCCGUGUUAAAGUUUCAGAGGCUGAAAUGUUGAUCAAGGAGCACUGCUAUGUUUCUCAAGACUACCAGAAUGAGCUGGAGCACUAUCUUGACCUUGAUGGUUUGGAGGGCAGAGAACGCAUUGUUCAGGCCCCCAUUGUGACCUUGGGUAACGAAAAAACCGAGCAAGAGCUCGAAGCUAUUGCUGAACGGAGAAAAGAAAGCGGACGGCGCUUGCAGGAGCGUACAGCCAAGAUUCGAGCAGAGAAAUUGGCCCAGCAACAACGUGACUUGGAGAUUCUUGAAAACCUGAGAGAGACAGAAGACGAAAAUGAAAUCAGAAAAAACGGUUUCGAGUCUUUGAAGAGUUUGGAUUGCGUGAUAAAGAAACUGCAAAUUGCGGUAGCCCGUGCCCAGGGAGAAGAGGUAGAUGAGGAAGAGGAGGAACCGCCGGUGCUUCCGCUCGUUGAUGUCCCCGAUGAGCAGCUUGAUCCUGAAACUCUGAAGGAGAAGAGACGUCAGAAACUCAUCAAAGCUAGUUAUGAUGCCCGCCAGAAAGCGAAGCAAGAGAAGAGAGAGGCGGCGGCCGCGGCCGCUGAGGCCAUCGCGAAAGACGAUGAAUGGAGAACCAAUAACUUCGACGAAUGGGUUGCUGCCAAGCGCCAUGAGCUCAAGAUCUUGCAGCAAGCUGCCCGUGAUCGCGAAAAGUUACGCCAAGAACUCAGUGAUCGAAAAUCACUGGCAUCCCAAAUGCGUAUGAAAUCAAUUGCCGAACUUGCUGGCGAGGGCGGCGCAAGAAAACGUCGGAAAAAAAAUGAUGAUGGCGAAGAUGAUGGAUUUGGCGCUAACGAUGAUGACUGGCAAGUCUACAUUCGGAAAGAGGACGGUGAAGACAGUGACGCGGAACAAGAACAAGAGCGAAUUAGCGAGCUCCAAAGGGUACUGCUCGAACAUGACCCUGAUUUCACAACUGCAGACCUGUUUGGCGAAAAGAUUGACUGGCGCCACAGCAUUGUGCACAAGUUUUUGUACGGUGCCCAUGAACUCGAUCCAGAAAAUCACGAACAGGCCUACCAGCUCAAUCUCAAUAUUGAACGAAUCCGUGUUCCCGAGGUACUGUUCCAGCCGGACAUCGCAGGCGUGGAUCAGGCUGGUGUGACUGAAAUUGUCACUGCAAUGCUAGUUAGCCGCUAUCCCAAAGAUGUUGGCGAAAACAUGGCCAAGAAUGUGAUAGUCUCAGGUGGGCUGGCUAACUAUCGGGGAUUCGCUGAGCGUCUUCAUUCUGAGCUGCAAAGAAACUUGCCCUCUGGCACAGAACUAAACGUUCGCAAGGCGGAGAACCCCGACGUUGAUGCGUGGUGUGGCAUGGCUUCCUGGGCUAAGGAGCCAGUUCUUAUCAGCAAAUCUGAAUAUCAAAAGCAUGGUGCGGAGUAUUUCAAGAAGCACAAUUGUAGUAAUGUAUAA